ACUCAGAAGAUGAACCUCUUCCAAUCCAUAACAAGUGCCUUGGACAAUGCUUUAGCCAAAGAUCCAACUGCAGUAGUGUUUGGUGAAGAUGUGGCCUUUGGUGGAGUCUUCAGAUGUACAGUUGGCUUGCGAGACAAAUAUGGUAAAGAUAGAGUUUUCAACACCCCUUUGUGUGAACAAGGAAUCGUUGGCUUUGGUAUUGGAAUUGCUGUCGCAGGUGCUACAGCCAUUGCAGAAAUUCAGUUUGCAGAUUACAUUUUUCCAGCUUUUGAUCAGAUUGUUAAUGAAGCAGCAAAAUACCGUUACCGCUCUGGAGAUCUAUUUAAUUGUGGAAACCUCACCAUCAGAGCACCCUGGGGCUGUGUGGGUCAUGGUGCACUAUAUCACUCUCAAAGUCCAGAAGCCUUUUUUGCUCAUUGUCCAGGAAUAAAGGUUGUUAUUCCAAGGAGUCCUCUUCAGGCCAAAGGAUUGCUGCUGUCAUGCAUAGAGGACAAAAAUCCAUGCAUAUUUUUUGAACCUAAAAUACUUUACAGAGCUGCAGUGGAACAAGUUCCUGUGGAGCCCUACAACAUUCCACUGUCUCAAGCUGAGGUGCUCCAGACGGGCAGUGAUGUGACAAUGGUUGCUUGGGGCACACAGGUACAUGUGAUCAAAGAGGUGGCAGCAAUGGCUCAAGAAAAACUUGGUGUGUCCUGUGAAGUUAUUGAUCUGAGGACCAUCUUACCCUGGGAUACAGAGACCAUUUGCAAGUCAGUGGCGAAGACUGGGCGAUUGCUGAUUAGCCAUGAGGCUCCCUUGACAGGAGGUUUUGCAUCUGAAAUCAGUUCCACAGUUCAGGAGGAAUGCUUUUUGAAUUUAGAAGCUCCUAUUGCAAGAGUAUGUGGCUAUGACACUCCCUUCCCUCACAUCUUUGAGCCUUUCUACAUCCCAGACAAAUGGAAAUGCUAUGAUGCUCUUCAAAAGAUGAUUAACUACUGAGCAGGAGUACAGCUUACUAAGAAUUGCUUCAUCUAUGGCUUUAAGAGAUGAGAACAACAGGGAUAUACAGAAGCUGCCUUCAAAACUCUUGACACUUUAUUCAGAUCUUUCGGGUUUGGAAUUUACAUAGCAGACUGUUUUCUUUUAACUCGGCUAUCCUUAAUAUUCAUCUUGGCUACUCUUCAGAAACUUCAAAUUUUCCUUAAUUUUGAAAUCAGUGAUGGGCAGGUGAUUGCUGUAAUAAGUAGUUUCAGAUGUAUUUAAAGAUAUUCCAGAUGUCAUAUGUAUGUUACACAUAACCAUGCUUCACUAGGUUACAUCUCUAGACUUCACUGUGUAAAUAUUAGAAGCAGAAUUUUAUUCAAUAAAGCAUAAUAUGCUCAUGUUGUCUCUUAGUUUUGCUAUUGUUUUGGAAAAACCCAAAGAAGUGAUUUGAAUGUGACUGUAUUUUCAGCAAAAUAAAUCUUAGACAGCCAGACCAAAUUGUGUGGUGGAGACCUGCUUAACUACUGGCAUUAGCUGUCUUUCAGUUGAGUGGCUUCAUGCAUAAUAGUCUGUAAUACUUAAUUUUCCUUUCUGCAAGGGGAAACUCUAUUUUUCUUGAAAAGGGAAGCAGGAGUUUUUUGCUUUGUUGCUAUAGGUGAGAGGCUUAAUUGGUACAUUAUUUCUGCAAUAUCUUUGUUUAAUUUUUUUUCCUCUAGAUAUGUGAUGUGUCUGCUACUAAGCAGUUGUGCAAAAAGCACUUCCCAAUUUUUUGGUUGCUUUGCUCUCUGCACAAACCAGUGUCAUGCUGCAUGAGCAAAGGGGUUGGGGAGAUGUAUGCCAGUAGCCAGAUAAUCACAUUUCCAUGAUUAUACAUGGAUAUUUUCAGGGAGAAAGAAGAAUACCUUUUUACACAAAGCUGCUCAGGACAAUCCUCAAGGUGUCAGCUGAAACAUGCCAGAGAGGAAGCUGAGGGGGAUAACUUCACUGUGGAUUUUCAUCCCAUGCCCUUCUAUCACCCAUUUUGAUCACAUGGGAGGUUGUUAAUUGAGCAGAUCCACUGACAUCCAAGGGAAAUCUGUCCUCAGUGGAUGCCAAGGUGCACAUGCCAACAUCUCAGUGGCGUGUCUCAGAGCUCCUCGGCAACUCUUGUCUCACUCUCCCAAACCUCAAGAGCAAUCCCUGUGGCGUACUUAAUUUUUUGUAAUAUGUGGCAAUGCUUGCCCUCAGCAGAACUCUAUUCAAAAAGUCAUGUUCAAAGGACUUGUAUCUAUGGAAAGUGCUAAAUGAUAAUCUUUUUGGGUCUUACUACCAUUUUGUGCAAUAUUCUGCAUUCGUAGUUUGUGCAUUCCCUGAAGAAUCGCACAACUGACAGUGAAGCUAGUUGUUAAUGUCUCCAAUCAAAAUGAGAUUGUUAGUGAAGUUUUCUAAGUCUCCUGUAAAUGCCAUGUAUAGAACUUGUUUAUUGUUUUAAAUAAAAUAGAUGCAUUAUAUAUAUUUAUAUUUUUUUCCUGCUGGAUGGAAGUUAUUUUGGUUGUAUGAAGUAAAAUGGUUUUAAAAAUUA